AUGUCUAACCCCUACUUUGAUAUCGAAUACACUUCGGCUGGCGGCCAGGUGGAAAAUUGGGGUCGCAUCGAGUUCAAACUUUAUGACGACGUCGUCCCCAAGACCGCGACCAACUUCCGCGCCCUCGCCACAGGCGAAACAGGCUUUGGAUAUGCGGGCUCUGCUUUUCAACGUGUGAUUUCUGGGUUCAUGGCUCAGGGUGGUGACUUUACUAGCGGAAAUGGCACGGGCGGCAAGUCAAUCUACGGUGAGAAGUUUGCCGAUGAGAACUUCCAGGUCAAGCAUACCAAGGGUGGGUUGCUCUCUAUGGCAAAUGCCGGACCGAACACCAAUGGUUCCCAGUUCUUCAUUACUUUUGUGAAAACUCCCCAUUUGGAUGGUAAACACGUUGUUUUCGGAGAGGUUGUUUCCGGUCAGGACAUAAUCCAGAAGAUGGAGAGCAAGAGCUUAGAUCGGUCUGGAAAGACUGAUGGUACCAUCAAGAUUGCUGCCUCGGGAACAGUUUAA